AUGUCAGGAGCUGCAGCCAAACUAGCCAAAGACAGGGCCACGGCCGAUGGAGUCGGUACCCCCAAGAACCCGGUGAAAUACCUAAACCAGGACUUUGAGGAGCUGCGGGCACAGUGCCUGGCAUCCAAGACCCUUUUCAAAGAUGACGAGUUUCCCGCAUGCCCCUCCGCCCUGGGGUAUAAAGACCUGGGGCCAAACUCCCCGAAAACACAAGGGAUUGUGUGGAAAAGGCCGACGGAGAUUUGUGACAACCCUCAAUUCAUUGUGGAUGGAGCCACACGGGGAGACAUCUGUCAAGGCGCCCUAGGUGACUGCUGGCUCCUGGCCGCCAUCGCCUCCCUCACCUUGGAUCAGGACAUUUUGUCCCGAGUUGUUCCAGAGAAUCAGAGCUUUCAGAAGAACUAUGCCGGAAUCUUCCACUACCAGUUCUGGCAGUACGGCGAGUGGGUGGACGUGGUGGUGGACGAUCGGCUGCCUACAAAGGACGGACAUCUGCUAUUUGUACACUCGGCAGAGGGGAAUGAGUUCUGGGGAGCACUGCUGGAAAAGGCUUAUGCCAAGCUGAACGGAUCAUACGAGGCUCUGACAGGUGGAACCACCAUUGAAGGCUUUGAAGACUUCACAGGGGGGAUAUCGGAGGUGUAUGACCUGAAGAAAGCGCCGGCUGAUCUCUAUGAGAUUAUCCAGAAGGCUCUGAAAGCCGAGUCACUGCUUGGUUGCUCUAUCGAUAUUACAAAUGCUUAUGACACAGAAGCCAUCACAAGCCGGAAGCUGGUGAAGGGACAUGCAUAUUCAGUGACCGGAGCAGAGGAGGUUGUCUACAAGGGUCAGACGGUCCAGCUGAUCAGAGUGAGGAACCCCUGGGGCGAGGUGGAAUGGAAUGGACCCUGGAGUGACGAAGCCCCAGAAUGGAACUAUAUUGAUCCUAAAGUGAAAGCGGCUCUGGACAAACAGUCUGACGAUGGGGAAUUCUGGAUGGCAUUUUCAGAUUUUAUUAAAGAAUAUUCGCGUCUGGAGAUCUGUAACCUGAGUCCGGACACUCUGACCAGUAAAGAGCAGCACAAGUGGAACAUCACCUUAUUUAACGGGAGCUGGGUUCGAGGGUCAACGGCAGGAGGGUGCCAGAAUUACCCAGCAACAUUUUGGACGAACCCUCAGUUUCAGAUAAAGCUGGAGGAGGCUGACCAUGAUCAUGACGGAUCCUCCAAAGAUCCUUGUUGUACCCUUAUUGUGGGCCUCUUGCAGAAGAACCGGAGGCGGCAGAGAAAAAUAGGCGAGGAUUUGUUGAGUAUCGGCUUUGCACUGUACAAGGUUCCAAAAGAGGCUCAGGACAAAACAGACGUCCACCUCAGGAAUGAUUUUUUCCAGACUAAUCUCUCGGCCGCUCGUUCUGACACUUACAUCAACAUGCGGGAAGUCUCCAAACGCAUGAAGUUACCCAUCGGAGAUUAUCUCAUUGUACCAUCCACCUUUGAACCUUUUAAAAAUGGAGACUUCUGCCUGCGCGUCUUCUCGGAAAAAGCUGCUAAAUCACUGGAAGUUGGAGAGGUGGUAAAAGCAAAUCCUUAUGAGCCUCAGAUAUCCGACCAAGAUGUGUCUGCCGACUUCAAGAAUAUUUUCCAGAAAAUGGCAGGGGACAAAGGAGAAAUCAAUGCUAAGGAUAUUCAGGCAAUUCUCAACAAGCUUCUAGCAAGGAGAACAGACUUAAAAUCCACUGGAUUUACACUGGUGACCUGCAGAGAGAUGGUCUCUCUCAUGGAUAUGGAUGGCACUGGAACGCUGAGUCUGGUAGAAUUCAGAACCCUCUGGAUGAAGAUACAGAAAUAUUUGGAUAUCUUCAGUAAAGCAGACACAGACAAAUCAGGCACCAUGGAUGCCCAUGAAAUGAGGACGGCCUUGUACAACGCAGGAUUUAAUGUGAACAACAAGAUCCAGCAGAGCAUUGCGCAGCGCUACGCUUCCAGAGACCUGACUGUUAACUUUGACGCCUUCAUUGCCUGCAUGACUCGUCUGGAGACUUUGUUCAAAAUAUUUAAGCUUUUGGACAAGGAUGGCAGUGGACAUAUCGAUCUGACCGUACCAGAGUGGCUUUGCGCUACCCUGGUGUAG